CCUGUUGAGCUUUGGCAUUUGAACACCUAAAAUUGAGCAAACGAACUUCAAUGGCGGCCAAAUUGCAGCUCUGGGAAAAAUCAAUAACAUUUAGCAUAUGGCAACAAAGGGCAGCUGAUAAGACUGAUAAAAACACGUCGCAGAAACAUUGUGCAUUAAUCAUACGCCGCGUGUGGCACGCAACAACUUCACUUUAAUUACAGACGGACAGCACAACGGUGAACUGAGCCGCAUGACCCUGAACUUUGAACUGGCAGUGAACUUGCGCGAAAGUAAACAACAACAACAACAUCUGCAACAACAACAAAAUGGCCAGCAAGCGGCGCUUUCGUAAGUUGAACCAGCGCAGCGUGGAGCUCGAUACGGAGGCGACUGCAGCACUGUUGAAGUCAUCACCGAACAUUUUGGAGAAUUUUGCAUACGACGACAUUCAGCCGGAGGCUACACACUGCCAACUGAAACGCAUGGCAAGCACACCAAGGGAGGUCAAGAGGCCGCAAUCGCCGCGUUUCUGUGAGACGCUGGAGCGGCAUGCGUUUAUGCGGGAUGUGAUUAAUACGCGUCCGGAGCCGCAGCGUCGCUACUCGACGCCGGGUGAGAAGGAGGCGAAUGUGCGACGCAGUCUGGAAGAGAUCUCCAAGGAUAUCAAGGAGAUUGAGCAGUUUGUCAGCGCCACGGAGCAGUUGCUGCAGCGCGAGAAGGAACUGGAGCGUCUGGCGGAGCAGCAGUCGUCUAGUCAUCGCAAGCGGGAUAAGGAGAACAAGACUCCCAGUCCGGCCAAGCGGAUUAGCUUUAAAAUCAAUGCCUAUAAGGCGCCACAGCGCCGUCAGCGUCCAAACAGUCCAAGAUUCUAUCACUCCCGUUUGUACUUUCGCAAUGGACGCAUCGGUUGCCUGGACGCCGAGCGCUCUGGCCAGGGCAGCAACAUUGAGAGCACCCAUGCCCUGGUCAAGCACAUACUGAAGCACGAGAAGCCACUGGUCAGUCCGGACAGCGUGAGGCGGGUGCUGCAGCCCCAGUACAUAGAGAUGACUCCUCUGCCGGGUGCGGUGCCUGAACCGGAUCCAAUUGCAGCUCAACGGGCAGCAGAGCUGCAAAGUGCCACCGGUCAGGUGAUCCUAGAGCCAACGUCACAGCAGAAGGAGCCGGAUCUGUGUGACGACAGCUCGCAGCCCAUGGAGGAGGCGGAUGAGGACGAACAAGAUGUGCAGAUCUGUUACAAUGAAUCGCCGGAGCAGCAGAACAAUGAUCGCAAUAUGCGCACCACACGCUCCUCCUCGCUCAAUGAGAGUGAAAUCGUCGCCGUUGUCGAAACGGAGCCACAACGUCCCAGCAGUGCGGGCAGCCUGGACUCGCAGAGUCAACAGUUCCUGCGGGAUCAAGUGCGUCAUCUGGUGCGACGUUUCACUGCACGUGCCAACAAGGUCAAGUCACGAAUUGAACUGCCACCCACUCCCUCCUCGAGCAAUACCAGUUCACCGACUCCGCCACCCACCAAGGUGACCCUACAUGCGAGUACCAAGAGUUUGCAUCCAUCGCCAGGAAAUAAGGUGCGUCUGGUGCCCGCCGGACAGUCGCCGCAUCGUGGACGUCUCUUCGAGGCGGACACUCCACGCUCCAAUGUCUGGCUGUGCUCGAGUCUGUGUGGCGCCAACAAUGAUGAGCGUACUCUGGAUCCACAGGGCAAGAUCUACAUAUCCUGGUUAUGUGUGGUCUCAUUGUCCUUUCUCUACAACGCUUGGGUCAUUCCACUCCGUGCAUCGUUUCCCUUUCAGACCAAGGAGAAUACAAACAUCUGGCUCGCCUGUGAUUUCUGUGCCGAUAUCAUCUAUCUCCUGGACGUCGUAUUCUUCAAGCAUCGUGUCAUGUAUCUUUUUGAGGGAUUCUGGGUGAAGAACAAGAAUCUAACAAGGAAAAACUACAUGAGGAAGCUGCAGUUUAAGCUGGACAUCCUGGCCUUGUUGCCUCUUGAGCUAUUCUAUUUGAGAUAUGGCACAGGUGCAGUUUGGUUACGUUUUCCACGUUUCUUCAAAGUUCAGAGCUUCUGGGAGGUAUUCCGUCUCUUGGAUCGUGUCAUCUCCUCACCACAUUUUGUUCGGGUGGCCAAGACCCUCACUUAUAUGCUCUACAUGAUCCAUAUAACUGCCGCCUUGUAUUACGCAUACAGCGACUAUCAGGGAUUGGGAAAGAAUCGUUGGGUCUUCAGUGGCAAGGGUCAUCCCUAUGUGCGAUGUUUUGCAUUUGCAACCAAGACGGCCACAUCGAUUGGCAAGAAUCCCAAACCGGAGCGACAGGGUGAAUAUGUUUUCAUGACCAUAGCCUGGUUAAUGGGCGUCUUUGUGUUCGCCCUGCUCAUUGGCCAGAUUAGAGACAUCAUUUCGACGGCGACACGGAAUAGGCACGAGUAUCGCCAGCUGGAGGAUGAGACACUGGAGUACAUGAGGCGACUGAAUCUCUCGCAGGAGGUGCAGUCACGGGUUAAGAUGUGGUUCCAGUUCACCUGGGAACAGCAGCGCACUUUGGAUGAGUCCAAUAUCUUGGAUGCACUGCCCAUUAAUCUGAAGACAGACAUUGCCAUUUCGGUGCACAUACAAACCUUGUCCAAGGUUCAACUCUUUGCCGACUGUGAGGAGGCAUUGCUGAGGGAUCUGGUGCUGAAGCUGCGUGCUGUGACUUUUCUGCCGGGUGACUUUGUCUGCCGCAAGGGAGAAGUGGGUCGGGAAAUGUACAUUGUGAAGCUGGGCCAGGUACAAGUCAUGGGCGGACCUGGCAGCGAUGUUGUCCUUGCUACGCUCACCGAGGGCUCCGUUUUCGGUGAGAUCAGUCUACUGGGCAUCAAUGGAGCUGAUCGCCGAACUGCUGAUGUCCGUUCCAAAGGCUAUUCCAAUCUGUUUGUACUCUCCAAGUCGGAUCUGAAUGAAGUAAUCGCCUACUAUCCCAAUGCCCAGGCGAUCCUCAAGAAGCGUGCCCGUCAGCUAAUGAGAAAGAAUGCAGCUCGAGAGCGCGAGGAGGAGGAACGUGAACGUGCUCGGAGUGCCCUACAAGCCGACGUUGUUAUUGGCAAUCCGAAAACACCCGAAACUCCGCCAAAACUAUUGCAAACUGUCAUUCAGGCUUUGCCCUUUGAAUCCCCCGCCGUAGUUCUCAUUACCCGGGGCUCAAAGCGAGUGCGCCGCAAGCGGCAAUCGGUGCAGAUGGAAACAAUUGUGGAGCCGACUUUGGAUGUCGCCGGUUGUGCCGAUAUAACCCAGCAGUCUGCGCCUAGAGAUCGGGACAGUCUGAUUAUGAAACCCGGUCGCGGUUCACCCGAUUUGCUUUCAUCCAUCCAGCAGGAGCUCAAGUCCAAGCACAAGUUUAUCAACCUAACUGAUUCCGAGAAGGCGUUGAUCAUCACACAGUCGGCCAACAACUCGAUGGAGUGUGUCCAGGACGAUAUAUUGUAAUCAAAACUGUAAACACUUAUGUGCUAUAUUUGUAUUAAUUCUGCGAUAUAUGUAUAUGUUAAUGCUUUAUGAAUGGAAAUUGUAUAACAAUCUAUGCUUUAUAUUAAAUACAUAGCUUAUAAGAAAUCCUAAAGACUCUUCUUAAAAUCGUGAUUGAGAGAGAGAGAGAGAAAGUUUGUUCAUAUUUUAUGAUUUUUGCGUUGAAAAUAACUUGAGAAGAAUAGCAUAUAUUCGAGAUGGAGGAAAAACGAUUAAAAAUUUCUCAGAUAUUUUAAACUGAUGAAUAAAGAGCCCGGUAUUCUUUUUAUAUAGAAA